AUGAGACGGCGUGAAUCAGGCCUUCAUGGUCAAACUGCUGCAAAGAAACCACGACUGAAGGAGACCAAGAAGAAGGAGAGAACCGCUCAGGCCAGCAAACACAAGAAAUGGACAUUAGACCAGUGGGAGUAUGUGCUUUGCUCUGAAGAGGAGUCCAAGUUUAUGGUUCCAACAAAUGUGUCUUUAAGAGACACAGAGAAGGUGAAGGGAUGGUGGAUUCCCACUGCGAAGGAGGAGGGCUGUUUGACCACAAUGGCAAGUGGUGGAGUGCUGCAGCAGGUCCUACACCUGGCUGACAUGGUCUGGGAUGAGCUGCACUGCAGAGUGAAGAAAAAGAGAGAGAGUGUGAGAGGAGAGGAGCAGAGAAAACCUGCAUUUUUCACAUCUUGUGUAUUUUUGGUAGUGAUAGUAAACAUUUGUGUUUUCCUUCACUUCAGUCGAGACAUUUAUCAAAUCUGGGAAAAACGUUCCCUCUUCUCCUCAAUCUGUUUCAUCCCACUGUUUCCUUCCUCCUUCCAGAGUCGUCUUCUUCCCAGUCUGGACAAGUCUCCCUGUAGCCUCCACGAUCUCCGUAUCAAGUGUGAGAUAAAAGCAAAAAGGGACAGACGGGAAAAAGACAGCAAGGGACCCGGAGAGGACAGAACAGAGACUUUAUUUCCUCAGCCCCAGGUGACCAGAGGCUCUUGCCAACCAUCCCCAGAGCUUCUCUUCCUCUUUGUAAAGUCAGUCUUCUCCCCAGAGCUUUCCCCCAGCUCUCGUCCCUGUGGAUCCUAUCCUCUGCACCAACCACCUGUCCUGAACCCUGCCAAGAUUAAACAGGCUUCCAUCAUCCAAAGAAAUCUUCUGAUAUCAGCUCCUGGUGUCGUCAUCUUCAUUCUAGUCUGCAGUUGCAUUACAUCACCAGACGACCUGCAGAAAGGUCUAGGCUGCAUCAAACUCGGCUCAUAUGGCGGUGAUGACUCACAGGGUUCCCAGCAAGAGAGGGUCUGACUGCCGAUUUCACUGAAAGGCUAAUGUUUACUGGUCGACAAGGCUAACAGUUCAGUCCUGGCUACGUCAGGGCCAUGACACCGAGCUGCUUUAAUGGCCAAUUAGAGCUGGCAUAGCAUGGAGGAGUCAGACAUGUGGAGGAGAUUAGAGUCAUGAUGCCAUCAGGUCAAAGCUGCUCCACGAGGAAGCAGUGGGCAUAGCGCUGAGCGGAGGAAGGCAUGCUUUGAUCUGUCCAAUGCUUCCCCUUUACACUGAUACUUCCUGUCAGGGGGGAGGGGAGAAAAGGAGGUUUGGACAGAGUCUGUGUGCCAGGACUCCA